GCUCGGCCGUCUCUGGCUCGCGAACACACAACAAACAGCACUUCUCUCCGCCCACAGUCUGUAUUUCAUUCGCCGUACACACGUCUGGAUGAACGAAGAUUGAAAUAAAGCGAAUUAAAAAUGUGUAUGUAGCGAUGUAUUUGAUUGCAUUACACGUCUGAAUCUCUGCAAAAGGAAUUGUUUUAUGCACAAACCCGCGCGUGGGACUGUAACGUUAAUCAAGGAGAGAGAAAGAGGAGUGCACAGCUAACUCUGCUAGCCGCUUUAUUCAUGUGUUAUUUUUCACAUCGGAGAGGCGGGGAAUCCAAAGCCUAGCCAUCGAAAAAGCGAGACUUUUGGAUGCAUUCAAUUAACACCACCGUUUCACACCACAGCCGUCUUAACUCAGGCUUCCUGCUUUCCGGAGACAACAGCAAGAAGCCGUCGAGGAAAUACAUGGAUUAUCUGGUUGUUCUUCAGUUGAUGGAUCAUAAAAUGGAAGGGGCCCCUAACUUAAACCUCUUGAGGUGUUUUAGGACGUUAUGCUGUAAAGGACCUCCCACUCCCAGACCAGAGUAUGACGUGGUUUGCAUAGGUCUGACAGGCUCCGGGAAGACCAGUCUGCUCUCCAGACUUUGCAGUGAGGCAGCGGACAACAUCGUUCCUACCACAGGUUUUAGCAUUAAAGCCGUGCCGUUCCAGAACGCCAUUUUAAACGUCAAGGAACUCGGAGGAGCGGACUCAAUUAAGAAGUACUGGAGCCGGUAUUACCAGGGUUCCCAGGGGGUGGUUUUCGUGUUGGACAGCGCUUCGUCCGAGGAGGACAUGGAGGCAGCACGUACAGAGCUCCACUCGGCCCUGCAGCAUCCUCAGCUCUGCACGCUUCCAUUCCUCAUCCUAGCCAACCACCAGGACAAACCCGCCGCCCGCUCCGUACAAGAGAUAAAGAAAUUCUUUGAGCUGGAACCGCUGGCACGAGGCAAGAGCUGGAUUCUGGAGGGCAGCAUGGUGGAGAACAUGGACGCGGUGAAGGAGAGUUUCGCUCAGCUUAUUCAUCUGCUGGAGGAGAAGGACCAGGAGACAGGCAGGAUAUGAUCCAGGGAAAACAUCCCAUCAUCCCUCAGACGCUACCGAUCGCCAAACGCACCACCGGCCAGUACAGCCCAGUUCAGAACGGCUGUUGUGUAAACUACAUUGUUACUCUAACUCUGUUACAGUGGUGUAACAAAUUGAGCCAUGAAAAAACGUCGAGUCUUAUCUGUAAGGCAUGCAUAUCUGCAGAGAAUGAAGGAACCUCAGCUCAGAAGUCUGAGACCUUCUCAUAGACCACACGUAUUAACUGAGAACAAGAAAUCGACUUUGUCAGUAAAUAGGGUCAUCUGUCCUUUUUAGAUACAGAUCUAAUCGCACAUCGCUACUAAAUAGAUACGUAGGGCAACUGGAAGUCAUGUUUUCGUAGUCCGUAGAUUGUUUUUCUUAGGAUGUGUGUGCGUGACUGUUUGAAUGUGUGUUUGCAAGAAAGAGAUGUCAGUACUUUAAAGCCUUAAGAUGUGUGUGCUCAUGUAUUUUUUGAGACGUUUCAAUGUUUUCUCACAAAUGUCCUUAGAUUUAAUUCAAGUAGGCAUUUUUAAUUAUUUGAGGCUGUGAAGUUAAGAGUUCGGAAAUGGACUGAUUUCUGAAAUCAUAAAAAAUAGAAAAUCGUCUGCUGUCAUGUCAACUCAAAACUGAAUGGAGCUGCACUCGAUGUACCAUCAAGCUAUUCAAAACCUAGUGAGCUGCCUACUUGGGCGGCAUUUUAAGGCAUCGUAGGUGGCAUCCGACACGCAGGAUGUCCCAUAGGGUGUUCUACAGUUGUAACUGACCUUCUUUUGAACAAAUUCCAAAGCAGAGAGUGCAAUCCCAUAGUGCACUGCAAUGAGCGCAGUCAAAACGUAAUGAGCAAUGUCAGUUAUACAUCAAAUUCAUUCAGUACAGAAUAUGUCUUAGUCAAUAAUCAUUAAUAAUCAAGCUUAUGUACAUAAUUGUUUAUCCAAAAUGAUGUGCAUUGUAUAGUUAUAGCUUUUCAAAGCACCGCACCUUUUUGGUGUCGUCUGUAUCGCAGUGAAUUGCGAAUCGGGUCUGCUGUGUUCAGCACUAUUUGUACGACACAAAUUUGCUGCCCAUGUAGAGCGUUCCAAAUCGGUCACUUUUACGAGGUUCCUUUUCAGUUAGGAUUCUGCCGAACAAGGCAGCUGCGUACGUAUGGGACGGGCAGAGAAGUCACUCACAAAAUCUUGGAACAGACCUAAUUGUCGUGGUAUUUUAAAGCAGAACAUAUCGCAGAUAUUUGGAUGAUAAUGAUUGACAAGCCAUGCAAAAUAUAAUACAGAUUUGUAACCACAACCAGUGCCCCUUGAGAUGAACUAAUGUCAAAGCUUUGAUUAUGUAUCAGUGCGCUUGUGUCUAUAAAGCAUUAUUUCAUGUUUUUGGGGUUCUCUCGGACCUGAAUGUAAAACACACUAUUAGUGUUAAACUGGAGGUCCUACACCUUAAUAUCAAUGACAUGCAAAGACAGAAAGUUAAUGCAAGAGCCUAGUCUGGGUGUUAACCAAAUUAUAUACGUGCCACAGACACAAAGCGAGCGUAUCAUUUACAAAAAUACAGAUAACCGGUAACACUUUACAAUAAGGUGCUAUUAGUUAACAUUAGUAAAUGCAUUAGCUAACAUUAUCUAACAAUGAACAAUUUCGUUUUGCAGCAUUUAUUAAUCCUUGUUAAUGUUAGUUCAUGUCAAUACAGCUAUUCAUGUUAGUUCAUGGUGCAUUAACUAAUGUUAACAGUGACAACGUUUGAUUUUAAUAAUGUAUUUAUAAAUGCUGAAAUUAACAUGUAGUAAUAUUAAUAAAUGCUGUAGAAGUAUUGUUCGUUGUUAGUUCAUGUUAGCUAAUGCAUUAAAUAAUUGUUAACAAAUAGCACCUUAUUGUAAAGUGUUACCAGAUAACCUUGAUAGCACGAUCGUAGAUGGGCAACAUCUUCUGUUAUAUUUAUAUCUAGAAAGAUUUUAUACCCUCCAAACCGAUUCCGCUGCCUUUUUGUAAUUCAGAUAUUUGUACAUUUGUUACAGAUUAGUCGUGUUUUUUGAGAUGUUUAUGUGCCUGUCUUUAUACGGGGAGACGAGUCUACUUUAGCUGGCAGUUUACAGUGGUGGUAUGAAGUCAUUCACACGUUUGACAGUGUUCGUAUGUAUUUAUGCGUAAUUUCCACUGAGCAACAUAGAAAAUAAAGGCUGAAGAAGGAGGCGUGUGUUGUGAUUUAUAUGUCGGGUGAUAUUAUGUUUCACUUUGUUGACUAAUGAAUAAUGCAUCAUUUUGGCAGUUAGUUCACCCAAAAAUAUGAAUUCUGACUCUCGUGUCAUUCCUAAUCUGUAUGUGACUCUUUCUUCUGUGGAACACAAAAGAAGAUAUUUUGAGAAAUGCUUUACUGGUUUUGUGUUCGUAUAAUGGAAGUCACUGGGGGUCAGUGUUGUUUGGUUAUCAAUGUUCUUCAAAAUAUCUAAUUUUGUGUUCUUCAGAGGACAGAGUGAUAUAGGUUUGGAUUGACAAGAGAGUGAAUAAAUAAUGAAAGAAUUUUUAUUUUGGGGUAAACUAUCGCUUUAAAUGCAAGGUCUUGAACUGUUAUGUUCAUGUGUGAUGUGUACUUCCAUUAGUGCGAUGCUUUCUAUUUUAAAGGUUAACACCGUUUGUCACUUUGACGUUAAAAUUAGACUCAUUUUAAAGCCCUUAAACUUCUCAUUACCGUAACCAUUUAAAAGUGUCAAUCCUAUAGCAUCUUUUGCUAGAGAAGAGCGAAGCCAUGAUGCCCAAGCAGGUUUUUAUUAAUCAUACAUAAUGAGACAUUAAUGUAUUUUGUUUUAAUAAAAAAAUACAUGUAACAUUUUUUUAAAUGUAGAAAACUACAUGUAUCGGUAAAAGUUGUGUACACAGUGUGACAAGAGAAUAUUAAGCUUUUAACUAGAAAAAUAUAAAGUAAUCUGUUAACCUGUUAGCCAUUUGAAAAGUACUGCCGUAUGCGUUUCUUCACAUAAAAUCCAACGUAAUAUAAAUAUCUUUGUGUUUGUUAAAACAGUAUUUAAUAUCAUUAUUUAUUCAUUUUUCUUAUACAUGAAAAUUCUGUUAAUGUUAUUGUUUGUGAGAACAUCUAGAAGAACAUCCAAUUGCUUUUUCAGAAUAUUUUAAUCAGACACAUCAGGAUGCAUUACGGUAAUGAGAAUUUCAUCAGAAAAAGCAAUAAAAUACAUAAAUAUUAACUCAUUCCUAUGUUGCUUUGUGCAAGGUAGAGAACACAAUUAUGUUUAUUAUGAUCAUUUGUUUUUUACCUUUUUUAAAUUCAAAUCUUUACUGCCAUGAUGUUUUAGUGGUUUCGUGAGGAUGACCCAAUUACUGUAUAGUUUUAUAUAUUUUAUAUUUUACUCUCAUGUCAUUCCAAGCCUGAAUUAGUUUCUCCCACAAAACAAAAAAAUAAAAGUUCAAAGAAUUCUCUGGCCAUUCUUUCUUACAUAAUGAAACCUAAUGGGAACUAGCAUUCUUUUUGUUUUCCAGUAAUAAAAGAAAGUCAUUCACAUUUAAAAUGACACAAGGGUGCGUAAUCGCCAAAUGUUCAUUUUUGGUAGAACAAUUCCUCAAUUUGAAUAACCCUCAAUUUUUUUCUCAUUUUGCUCAUCGAGAUGACUUUGAGUUCUCUUGACUAAGGCAAUAAGAAUGCAGCGUCUCUUUAAGUCAUUCCCACAACCGUGAUUAGUCAUCGUGUUUCCCUUUCUAUGGAUUAGUCAUCUACAGCGAGGCUAUUCCCAACCAGCUGUCCUUUUAGUCCACAAACCCAUUAGAUGGAAGCGGUUUCUUGUCAUUGGCUUAGAAAAAUUCCCAUAAACCAGAAUUUGAUCCAUUUAUCCUUUUUAACAAAACCCAGAUCCAUUAGUAAAUCAUUUUGAACACUUUCACUUAUAAAGAGUUUAAACAAGAACACCGUGUGUGCAAACGUCAAAAAGCCGCAGAUUGCCGCGAGACUGCUCACACAUACCAGCUUCGGUACAAAACAGAACAUUGUGUUCUGGUGUUAGUCGGUUAAAAAUCUCUAAAUACUAAAUAAAAAGUUUUAGUGAUUUCUCAUCUGGGGACACAAAACAAAUAAUUUCUGACAUUUGAUCUGCCUAGCAAAACUUGUUUUGGCAAUAUAAAAUGGAAAAAAGAAACCACAUGAAAUAGAAUCGCUGAAAAACCCAUCUUUGGUAUUGUGUUGUGUCUAGGGAAGAGACAUUAUCUAAAAUAACCUGAGACCCAAAAUUGCUCCCUCACUUGCUAUACCGGCUGAAUAUUUGUAUGCAGACAGGUGAACGCUUGGGAUUUAUCUAAAGACUUUAACCAUGUCUGAAAAGUUCACAAAGACGUCUGCAAGACAGAAACUUUCAGCCUUGUCCUUUAUCCAGCGCUGGUGUGGCAGCAUUUUUAAUCUUCUUUGAAAAGUUUUCAAUCUAUACACCUGUUCAGUGGUAGAAGACUUCCAAGGGUUUUUUUUAAGCAGGCUUUAUUGCUUUCUUUAGCUGCUCCUAAUGCCGUGGGGGCAAAUAAACUGAUCACAGUAAAAAAUCUUUACAAUAUUCUUGUAACAAAGGAACUUGUGUAUAAAUGUGUAUACUGAAUAAGAUGUUGAUUGAUCAAAACAUGUUGAUUUUGUACAAACCGUAUUUGGCAUGGCCAGCGACGUGAAAAAGUUGAGAAAAAUGAAACUCUGGGUAAUGCUCGUCUUGCCAGAAGUCGCCAGCUCUCUAUUGAAAUGAAUGGGAUUGUGACGCUUUGUCGCUGUGUUGCUUGUAUUAUGAACGGGGACGUUAGACAUCUGUUGUAGUUAGAGUUGUUUUUGAUGAAUAUUUGAUUGGAAGCAAUGCUGCUUAGACUAAAAGUGCAUUCAACACAAACUGCACAGAUAGUUGACUGAUGUUUGGCCCCCCUUAAAGGGAUAGUUCACCCAAAAAUGAAAAUUCUGCCAUCAUUUACUUACCUUCAGGUUGUUCCAAACCUGUAUAAAUGUCUUUGUUCUGUUGAACUC